AUGUACGCUACCUCGAGCAAGAAGAAGGGGAGGCCUCUCCCGAAUGAAGAAAGGGUACUCACUAUUCAGAAGCUCUCGGAAAGAGCGAUAGUAUUGACGCCGUGGCGGGGUCACCCGACGUUUUUGCACAUUCUUGCGUUUGUACAAGAGUUGGAGAGGCGGUUUGGUCGGAUCUGGUGGGCUGGAAUCAACAAUGAUACAGCCAAUCCGUACGAACUACAACCGUCUGUGGUGGUCGUGUUCGAAAGUUCGACGUCGCUACGGAAGAUUCCAGGGUUCAUUUACGAUCUUGCCAACACGCCAGAGGGAGGACACCAGCCCGCUGCCAACGAGACCAAUGAAGAGUCAAGCAAGUCGGCGGCUGCGAAGGAAUUCAACAACAUGACGCCCCUGUUUGUCCCUUGGUCAAAGAAACUCGACGAAUCGGCUUUACAACAAGGUGGUCCAGCACUAGAAGACGUGCUCACCUUUCUCGGGACGGGUCCUCCCGCAACUGCGAGUGCACCUGGAGAGGGAGACACAACGCCCAAGGCCUCUUGGGAUGAGUUUGACGAAGCAGUCAACAUCGAUGCCGUCCUCAAGAAAUGGCACACAAAGCAAUUCUACCUGCCCAAGGUGGUCGACGCAUCAAGACCUUCGUUGUACCUGCGGCCCAAGCAGCGUCUAGCCAUUGCAAACGCCAUCGUCGAUUUUGGAGGCUUCUCCGCUGAGCCAGUUCCUGCGAUGAAGAAACUCGUGGCCGAGUGGAAAGAAGAAGCGGAUAUCGCGCGAACGUCUGGUUGGACGCCCUACGUUGACCCGUCUACACAGGAAAGCGAGAUAGAAGAGCCAAUCGGCGAAGUGGAUGCGCUCUUCGGUAAAGAGGAAAGUGAGGGUGACUUUGAGUGGGAUGAUGCCGUACAGCCGCAUCUCUAUCAGACCAUCGACGAGAGUGUCCAAGCGGAAUUCGAGAGGAUGAAGGCCGAAGAGCACGCGUAUCAACCUAUUGGAUACUCCUCUCUAGCUGUCGACAAAGACUUGAACGCACCCCAUCCCCUCCAGUUCCCCCAAUCGGUUCGAGAAGCAGAUUCGACCGCGCAGAUUGCAAAGGCCACUACGAGACCAUCGAGUGAUACCAAGGACCAGGAGACUCCAUCUCAGCCACCACGCAAGCAGAGGCGGCGUGACGAUUGGGACGACUGGCGCAACGAACCGCGCCCCUUCCGAGAUGGUCUAGGGCGCGAUGAUCCGGCAUUAGCCAGUCCACUCUCCAUGCGCCUCACAGCAGGCGCGAGGAAUGGUACUAGCAGUGUAAACGGGGAACCCACCCCGACGAUGCCCGGCUCUCAUAGCAUCAACAGUGCGUCGUGGGAGACGGAUAGGCGCGGGAAAAAGUUGCGGAAUAGGAGCGAGGCGGAGAUGAACGAGCUUGCGAGACAUGGUUUGGUGGGGACGCUUGCCGAGUCUGAUCGUCGUCCACCUCCUCGAAAGAGCCGACAAGAUCCUGAGAAACGGUGGGAGGAGAUAUUCCCCAAAGAAGAUGAACGAGCGCGACUCGAAAUCGGCGAAGAGGAGCGCAAGGUACUAGAGACACAAGAAGCGAAGGAAAGGCAGCUCAAGGAGCGCUUGCGAGCAAUCUUGGACGGGACAUAG